GAGCGCAGAAGAAGAAGAAGAAGAAGAAGCAGCAGCAUCAGAAGAAGAAGAAGAAGAGGAAGGUCUCCAUCAUCCGACACUUGCUCAUCACUGACCACCGCUCAGGAUUUCAAGCAUUCUUCCCCUCUCCUCCUCUGGCCUGACGGACCCACCAGCCCAUCACCAUGAACUACCUCCGCCGGCGCCUGUCAGACAGCAGCUUUGUGGCCAACCUCCCCAACGGCUACAUGAUGGAUCUGCAGAGGCCGACCCCUCCAGGCUCAUCCACUUCCUCCCCCGCCUCCCCAGCCACAGAGAGGCGGCAGCCCCCGAGCAUCCCCGCUCCGACCUCCAACCCGGCCUCCGGCUCGGGGCCAGGCUCGGGCACGGGCACAGGCUCAGCUUUGGGCACAGGGAGCUUCCUCAGCUCCUUCUCCAGCGUGGUGAAGAGUGCUCAGAUGGCCCAGAACGUCGCCGCCGCUGCACACGCCAAAUCUGCAGCAACCGCAGCUGAUGGAGCCUCAACAGGAAGCAGUCAGCCCCCUAAACCUGUCAUACGCAAGCCCAAGAUCCUGCUGGUCAUCGAUGAUCAGCACACCGACUGGGCAAAGUAUUUCCGAGGGAAGAAGCUGAACGGAGAGUAUGAGAUCCGGGUGGAGCAGGCGGAGUUCUCCGAGAUCAACUUGGCCUCCUACGUCAACUCGGGAUGUAUGGUGGACAUGCAGGUCAACAAAGGUGGCACCAGAGUGGUCAGGUCCUUCAAGCCAGACUUCGUCCUGAUUCGCCAGCACGCCUACAGCAUGAUCCCCGGUGAGGAUUUCAGGAACCUUGUGAUCGGCUUGCAUUUUGGCGGCGUCCCGAGCAGCAACUCUCUCUUCUCCAUCUACAACUUCUGCAGCAAACCUUGGGUGUUUUCUCAGAUGAUUAAGCUCUACCAUUCCCUCGGCCCUGAGAAAUUCCCCCUGAAUGAACAAACCUUCUAUCCCAACCACACGCAGAUGGUAACAAGCCCUUCCUACCCUGUGGUGGUCAAGAUGGGUCACGCCUACGCUGGCAUGGGAAAGAUCAAAGUGGAAAACCAACAGGACUUCCAGGACAUCACCAGCGUGGUGGCUCUGGCCAGGACCUACGCCACCACCGAGCCCUACGUCCAGUCCAAGUACGAUAUCCGCAUCCAGAAGAUUGGCAACAACUACAAGGCUUACAUGAGAACAUCCAUCUCUGGAAACUGGAAGGCUAACACGGGCUCUGCUAUGUUGGAACAGAUCGCAAUGACUGACAGAUAUCAGCUGUGGGUGGACUCCUGCGCUGAGAUGUUUGGUGGCCUAGACAUCUGUGCAGUGAAGGCCGUCCAUGGAAAAGACGGCAACGACUAUAUCAUCGAGGUGAUGGACAGCUCCAUGCCUCUGAUUGGUGAGCACGUUGAGGAAGAUAGACAGCUGAUCACAGAGCUGGUUAUCAACAAGAUGGCCCAGGUGCUGCUGGGAGUUUCCACACCUCAGACUUCCUCUGUCAAGACCACACAGCCCAGACGAGGGGGACACCGCUCUGCUUCCGCCUCUCCAUCUCAGUCGGCCCAGGGUUCACCUCAGCGAGCCCGAUCAGCCAGCACCUCACCCAGCCAGGCCUUCCAGCCCGGGCCCAUCCCUGCCACCUCCGGGCCUGGAGCUCCGAAACAGUCUCCACAGCUGAACAAAUCCCAGUCUCUGACCAACACCUUCACGGAGACGUUACGAGGAAGCCUGACCGACGAUGAGGCCAAAGCUGAAACCAUCCGCAGCCUCCGACAGUCCUUCGCAAGCCUCUUCUCCGACUAAAAGCCUCUCCAGAAGCUUCCUCGUUCUGUUAGUUGUCAGGUUUGAAAAAAAAAACAAAAAAAUCAACCCUGACUGGUUCAUCUGUUGUGGGAGUGUCCCUCCACCUCAGAGCCUCAGCUUCCUGUUCCUUCUCUUUCCUUCUCACUGUUUGUGAAGUUUAACACACGGUGCAACCCGCUGUCCUCAGAUCAAUGAUACAUCUAUCACUAGAAAGGCCAGUAGAUAUUGGGGUUCUAACAUAAAGGCCAGUGUGUUGACUGAAGAUGUCAAACUUUAAAAGCUGACAUAUUUGCAUUGGUCUUCCUUACAGGAGAUGUUAAAGAGAUGUAGGAUGUCAGUGCAGUGCAGUCAGCUGAUGGCCUUUCUAGUGGUAAGUAAUAACAGUAAAUAAUCAUACUCGUAGCUCAUAAUGCUUGGUAUAUAGUUGUAAUUCUGCAUUCUGUUUGUCCAACCAGUGAAACUGUUCAUUAUUGGGUCGUGUCUUAUACAUAUAUACACGUAUACAUUUAAUUAUAACAUUGAUCGCAGCUUCCAAACCGUUCGCAGAUGUCUGCCGCAAUAUUCUUAUCUGAAACUGUUCCGGUUAACUCAUGAGAAAUGUACUGAAUCCUCACGGUUCACCAGCGAUUUUAAGCAUCUUGCCAGCAGCCACAUUUCUCAGACAUCCAUGUGCUGUAGACACAUAUUGGCUUACGUAGUGACUCCUCCCCCCCCUUGCACUGGGUGAAGAAAACAAUUGCACAGCUAUAACCAACCUUUGAGCGUGUGAUUUCACAAGGUGCAAAUGCUCUACUGGCAUACAGCCAUCGUCUUCCAUCAUAGCCCAGAUCUUCCCCUGCAGUUCUUCUUUUUCCUAAUGUUUUGUGCUUUGUAAAAUGGAACUACAGUGUAUUUUCUGUGGGGGAUUUGUACCAUACAGUACUACUGCUGUGUGUUUAAAGGCGAACAGUGAGGAUGUUCUAUUUGAGACUUAAAUUGAGACUGAAAAAGAUUUAGUUGUGUAACAUCACAUCUUAUAUCUUUAUUCUCCUUUAUUCCCGACAACCAAGGGUCAUUUAUCAUCAUCUUUUUUUGUGUGUUUGGUCAAAUAGUGUGUAUACAACAUCUGCAGUGGUAGCAGCCAAAGCAGACACUUUUUUUCCAACCUGCUUUGGAACUGCAUGUGAAUGUUUUAGUGUAUGUCAUACAUAGAUCCGAUUGGUAUUUUCUAACAGAAAACCAACACAAGCUCAUGAUUUUAACUAUUCUAUAAAGACAGCAAAAAUCAUGGUAAGGCUUUAUUUUAUGGGUGCUGCAAUGUUGUAAUGAUUUCCUAGGAAGCGUCCUAGAAAGGACAACAUAAUUUGGUGCAAAUUAUAGCAAAAUAUAGACUACGUUUUCCUUAUGGCAUAGGUAUCGAGAACCAGGAAUGUUGUAACUGCUCUAAAGAUGGAGUGUGCGUACAUUAUAUUGGAGCUUUGAAAGACAUUUUUUGCCAUUGUGAUUCAGAUUUAAUGACUAAAAUUAGCACAAAAUUACGUCUUUUCAGGAAAUGUGAAUGUUCCUCUAAUCCAAGGAAUUGACAUUGACAUUGGACAUUGGAUUGUUAGUACAUUUGGCUUUCACAAUCACAAUGUAAUGUGUCAAAUGUUCUUUUUGCAGGAAAUGGUCUUGUAGAUUGCUCUAGAUUUAUCUGUGCUACAAACGGAAUAAGCCUCGAUUGGUUAAUCAUUUAGAAGGACCUGGACAAAAAAGAAAAUUAUAAUCCAUAUUUCCUCUUAUUUUUUGUCUAAAUACCACAAACAGAAAUACAAUACCAAUUGAAUAUCUUUGAGCUGUGUGCAUUCAUUUAAAUGGACCUGUGAUUCCAGAGUUUUUAUUGUUCUUUUCAUAAUCAUAAUAAUGAUAAUAAAAAUAAUAAUAAUAAUAAUGGUAAUAAUAGUAAUAAUAGUAAUAAUAAUAAUAAACCCCAUUUUAAGGUCAACUUUAUUUAAAUGCAUGAAGCUGUAUAAAAUGUAUAGUGAUGUGUGUGGGUGUGUAUGUGUGAGUAAUUCAAGUUGUAAAUUUGCCAUUAUGAUUAAUAAUGAUACUACCACAAAAGUAACUGCCCAUUUUUGCAAUAAUUCUGUUGAUAAUAAUUUUUCCGCUGUGUUGAUUUGAAAUUAUGAAGCUUGACACUUUAAGAGAAGCUGCAAUUUGUGACCAAGCUGCAAUUUGGUGCUUUGCCGGUCUCACUGGCAGAAUCAUGAGAAGCUAACAUUGUUUGGUCAUUGGGCUAAAAAUGCUCAAAAUGUGUUUGACAAAAGACACACUACAGUGCUCAUUAUCAGCAAUCGUACAAAGCAAUGAUAGGGAUAGUAGUUUUAAGUCUACAAACAGUUGCUCUGGAGGGAAAAUAAUCUGAUUGUUUGCAUUUUUCAUCAGUGGGAGGAGCCACAGAACCACAGUUUUGUAUGCUAUGUUCACACUAUCAAGCGUCAAAAGCAACAAAACUGCCAAGCGUUGCCAGCUCCAUUGUCGCUGAGUCAUCGUUGAAGUGUUGCUCAAGCGCUCGUUUCGUUUCGCAUUUCGCCGCCCUAUUGCAUCCCCCGUGUGCACCGCAAUACACAGAAAGCUAGCAUAGCGUCAGCUAACUAAGCUAAAUAACGCAGUACUACAGCUAGCCAUGUGCAUUUAAAAAAGAAACAUAUGAUUGGUGGACGCUUCACCACGUCAAAAAGUUGACAGCUCAACUUUGAUUUGCAGCUCGUCACGCGAGUGUCGGGGCGUCAGUUUGUAGCUUCAGCGGCUUCCUCUGAAAAUGACUAACGGUACAGAUCCAUUUGUCCGUGCAACGCCUCUGUCGCGCUCCACUCUAUUCCUAUGGGUGACGUCAAGCGACUUCAACGUGCUUUUGAGAAAAUGUUGCACGUCAAAAAGCUGGCCGAUGCCCAGCUUUAUGCAAAUGAAUCCGUUGAACGCGACGCGACUAUCCAAUAGAAGUAGAGCACAGAGGAGACGGUGAGAAGGUGGGAUCCUUUUUCUGCUAGAUGUUUCAAAAAUGCUGUAAAUUGAGGAACGCCCAUCAACGUACAAAUGAGGGGAGGCUUCGCGACACCACGCGUCAGUCGUGUCGCAAAAGUGGAUCUGUACCGUAAGACGUAGCUGUUGUGUUGUUGCUCGUAGUGUGAACACAGCAUUUGAGUAGUUAAUUGACCGUUUGCUAAGCCCCGCCCUCCUACUGUCAAGCUUUCAUUUCUUAAAUAUGCUUUUUACAACGAUAAUGGUGACAGUUUUUUUCUUCUUUUUUUUUUACAUUUUUGUAAGAGUGGAUCCUUAAGUAGAAAGAAGCUUUUCAUUGCAACACAUUCUCACACCUAAACAACAGAUGGGUCGAUUGCCAAUAACUCCGAACAUGACAUAUAUGAACGUUGUUUUUAUUAUUUUUUAUAUACGUAACUUGCAACCCCACAGAAUAAUGUCAUAUGAAAUGCUCCUUAUCACUGGAAGUAACACAGGCUUAGGUUAACCGGCAGUAAGCUAGUUAGCCAGACAUGCUAACGUUAGCUGCUUACCUUGGAGCAGAUAAACACACUGUUUAAUCCAUUCCUUGCUUUAUUGCUCGUGUAUUUUGGUUUUUGGAAAGGCUUGAACAGUUGCUAUAAGCUAUGAUCGGACAAAUGCUGUUAAUGGGAGGGGUUUAGUGAAUGGUCAAUUAGCAUGCUCACCUGUGCUAGUAACAUUUUCCUUUAUUGCCAUUUAAGUUUUACUUAUUCGUGUGGCUAUAAAAAUCAGCUGGAGUGCUGUCCUACUCUCUUUAUAUAUUUAAGUUUUUUCACACCUCCGAAUAUUGUUUGUAAAAGCAAGAUUCUGAUCUGCAGUCAGCUUUAUCUCUAAGUGUAGAGCACUUUUGCAAGCGUUUCCUCAUCUUUGGCACUGUGUCAAAAUGGACCAAAUUAGCAUUUCAUUGUGAGACCCCUUGAAGGUUUGAAUCAUAUUGUUUUUUCUUUAUUGUAAAGAUGCCUACCACUUAGUAUGUAAUACUGCAGUGUGAUAAGCCAUAACCAAUCCAUGAGGAUUUACUAUCCCUUAAAUGCCAUGCAAUAAUGGCUGUGACGUCACUGAGAAACUGAUAUAUUAACUUAAAUCACUGUGUCCAUUCACUUGUAGAGACAUUGGGGUGCCUGUCCUGCCCUACAGAGGCAGUAACUGUUUUUGAUUUUGAGUUCAAACCAAGUGAAAUGAUACCAUACAGUUUAAUGAUGUGCUACUAGUACUUCUGUCAGGAUGAAAGAUCAACUUCGAUGUCACUUUUCUCAUGCUGAAAUUUGGGUUUUUAAUUUGACUCAUUUCAAUUUCAAUUCAAACUGAGCUGCAAAGUUGGCUAGUAACUACCUCAAGUUCAGCAGUGCUCUGCAUAAACUGACAAUAGAGUGGUAGUACUGGAAAAGAUUUUGUGAAAUGAGCAAACCAUAUUAGUGCAAGGAAGGGGAUUGGAAAUUGCCCCGUCAGCCGGAAGGGAUUAGUUUGACACAUGGACUGUAGAAAAACAACAAUGUAGUGUCUGUGACAUCAACUUGAGGAGGAUCAGAUACCAGAAUGACUGCAACAUCCAAACAUAGGCAGCAGGAUGGAGGUCUUCCAUGUAACGGCUAGCACAGUAUAAAAGCUAUUCAAUCACUCCCCAAACAUACUCUGUGUUAAGUUUCAAUAUCCUAUUAGUGGACCUAUGGUUUAAUAGAAUGCAUAUAACUACUAAGACCUUAAUUAUUAACUUUGUGCUUCUAGAGAGAAUAUGGCAGUCUAUCCAUUGUUGUUAUAGAUGGAUUUCCAACUGACCAAAGGAGGCAACUGCAGCAAAGGCCAGAUUGUCAAUAGCCAGAUGUUAGAUUAUCUUAAUUUACCACCAAUAAAGGUUUGCUAGAUAGGCUUUUCAUUUAUGUAUUCAGUUUUUCAGAAAAAAAGUUUGUAUCCUCUUGUGUAAUACACAGAUAGGGGGGCCAAUUGGGGCCCACAUCUGAUUUGUUCCCACCAGCAGGUUUAUCUGGCCCUGGUACCCAUUUUUGGUUUCUUUCAUUUUUGUUGCCUGCAUGAAGUGGGCUUUUAAAGGAACACGUAAAAAAGGAGUUCUCCCGUCAAAGAAGAAAAUAAAGCAUAAAGAGAGAUCCCUUUUAAGAUAUUUUACUUGACUGACAGCUGCCUCAGCCAAUCACAGCCUCAGCCCCACUCCGGCUUCCUCACUGAAAACUCCUUCCAAUUCCUAAAUGUAUCUUUAAACACCUGGUGUAGAUGUCACAGAUGCGGCGUCCAUGUUCUUUAACAGUGCGUGCAGAGUUAGUACUCAUUUCACAAAGUUUUGCAAGACACAGUUGCAUCUCUUCACCCCAUCUUUUCUUUUACUUUCCGUUUAAACACGACUGUGUUUCAUUUGGCGAAAAGGCAACUCAGCUAUGUUUAACAUUUUGUUUUCUUUCAGACGUGACAUGUUUGAGUCACGGGCUCAACUUUAGGUGUGUUGAACUGAUGCAUAACGCAGAGUUGAAUAUGCAGCAACAGAGACUUGCCAUUAACUACAGCUAAGCUAACCGCAAGGAAAACCAAGUCCACUUUAAAUGUGACCUUUGUAAUUGAGAGAUAUAAUGUCAUUGCACGGGUUUAUUUGCCCAUCUUUUCAGUCCACUGUGUCCCUUCCUCUUUGCUGAAUGGUGGAUGGUAUUGUAUGGUAUUUUAAGUGUAUUAACGUUCUGUAUAUCGGUGUAAAUGUGGCAUGGAAACCAACCCCUCUCGUGUGCCUCAGGUGUGUAAAUUUGGUCGUUACGUGAUCUCAAUGUCUGGCUGCUUAUUUGUGAGACAUGCGACGCAUCUCAUGUGUUUCUGUAAUUUAUUUGUACUAACAUGAUUUGGUUUUCUGUAUUUUUGUUCUUUGGUCUGAAAAGCAAGAUUUCUGUUAUUAAAGGUACCACUUUUAUUAUA